UUCGAGACAAAAUGGUGGACGACUCAUUCGGACGUGCGUUAAGAAACUUACCUGAAAAAGCGAAACGACUGCUUCUGAUGCAAUUCCAAAGGGCAUGGAAUAUGUAUUCUGGCAUGCUUAUUGACGAUCCAGCGAUUUCUACUCGAUUGGAAGCACUGCUUCGCGUCUUAUCAUACGUGGUUCCUGGUCGCUUCGUGGCCUCUCAAGAAAUCGGUGAACUUCUAUACAGCUCGUCAAACUUGUUAGCCUUGCUGCACGAUUAUAUUUUUCGAAGUCACAUCACGCUACCAAAGCUCCCUGGAACAGAGGCAGAAAAACGACUGCUUAUGUACCUUUCCGUAAUCGAAAGUGUCGAGGUUUUUUUCGAAAUGACGGCGCAUACGCUUUGGGAUGACAUUGGAAAGUGGUUAAUUGUUCUUUUGAUACAAUUGAGCAAAGUUGGAAUACGUCUAUUGCUACUUCUUAAGAACCAACCAAAGUUGCAAAAAUAUCCUUUAAUACCGUUGCUCAACCGACAACUGGUCGCCGAAGGCGCGCGAAAACAAAACAUACAAACUGAAAAGGAAACUUUUGGAAAACAGGAUGGACUUGGUACACCUGGUGAAGACCACGUAUGGCAAGGUGAGCGAUCAGGUCGCUAUAUUCGUUCACUUUCUUCAACUCCGCCCAAUGGCUUCAGAUCUUGGAAAUUGCCACAGUUUCCAGUUGGUAGAGAAAACCCAACAGUUCUGAACAAUGCCCAGUUUUAUGCAGAAAUUCUACAUGUUAUUAGACCACUUCUUCACAUGACCAGCAUGUUUGCUUUUGGUGAAAAGUCUUGGAAGCCUUGGUUGCUAUCACUAUUCACGGACACUGCAAGCUUAGCAAUACACACUCGUUGUAAUCAAAGGUUAACCUCGAUGGAAAAGACAGAAAUAUCAAGAAGACUUAUGCUUUUGCUUUUAUACUUGCUGAGAUCACCUUUUUAUGAUAACCAUUCCAAAGCUAAAAUAUUGUUUGUAAUGAAUGGUUUAGCAAACCGUAUUCCCUUAAUCUCUUAUGUCAUUCGACCGUUACUACAGUAUUUGCCCUGGUGGCAAAGGACAUAUUUCUACAACUGGUGCACUUAAUUGAGAAGCCUACCAUGCUUCCAAACAGUUUUUAGGACAAUUUCAUGGAUAAAAGGGCAUGCAACUAAAGUAUCAUUUGAUUAUCUAAUAAGCAUGAUGAUAUUUAAGAAUUAAUACUUUGAUUGAAUAAAAUAAUUGAUGCAGUUAUAAUAAAA